AUGGAUUUUUAUGGCGUUUUAUAUGUUCCCAACUUUUUACUGGUCACCUUGUUUUUUCUACUCAGCCUUUAUCUCUAUGGAAGAAGAAAUUUUGGCUAUUUUACAGCGUAUGGAAUUAAAGGUCCGAAACCAAUAGCUUUUCUUGGAAAUCUUAAAGAAAUAAAGGAUUUGGAGUAUGCUUACGUGUUUUUAAAAUGGCAGAAAGAAUAUGGUGACAAUUAUGGGAUCUUUUUGGGAUCGGAUCCUCAUUUAGUUGUUGGUGACCCUGAAAUUAUAGAGAAAAUUUUGAUCAAACAUUUCUCCAAUUUUAUAAACAGAAGGCUACCCUAUCCACUGGAUGAGUACACUAACAAUACGGUAUCUUUUGCCAGAGAUGACCACUGGAAAUACCUUCGUACUGUUUUGUCCCCAUCUUACAGUGCGAAAAAAUUACGUGAGAUCGUGCCAAUGAUUGAAGAUACUCUAAAAAUUUUAGAAAUGCACUUAAAAAAGAUUGAAGACAGUAAAGAACCAGCAGAUUUCCAUGCUUUGUUUUCCGGCUUUACAAUGGAUGUUAUUGCUACGACUGGUUUUGGAAUUAAAGUCGAUUCCCAAGAAAAUCCUGAAAGCCCUCUUGUCAAAAAUGCUAAGGAAGCGUUUGUUUCAAACGUUUUUGCAUCUUUACAGGUUGUAGCUACCAUUUUCCCUACUGUUGCAAUUAUUGCCAAGUGGUUCAAAAAGGGUGUAUUCUUUGGUAAAAUGACCUAUUUUGUUGAAUAUUGUAAGGAAUUGCUCAAAGAAAGAAGAAAAGUGAAAAACACAAGCAUGUAUAAAGACCUGCUUCAACUGAUGUUGGAUUCUCAACUUGAAGGCCAUGAAAAGUUGGACACGAAAACUGAACAAGAACUCAAACUGGAAAAUAUUACAGACUGGAGAACAAAAAGAGGUCUUACAGAUUUAGAAAUCAUUUCACAGUUUGUCAUUUUAUUUGUCGCCGGCUUCGAUUCCAUAUCAGCAACACUUUCCACCUUUUUUCACUCUAUAGCAUUCAAUCCUGAAAUUCAGGAGAGACUUUAUAAAGAAAUACAAGAAAAUCUGGGAGAGGAAUCUCCAAAUUAUGAUAAUGUGCAGAAGCUGACAUAUCUUCGGAUGUGUAUGGAGGAGACGUUGCGAAUGUAUCCAGUUGGUACACUGUUGACAAGAGAAACUAAAGAAGACUGUAUCAUAAAAGGGCUGAAAAUUCCAAGUGGCUCAGGAAAUCCUUAUUUCCACAAGGACUUCAGUGAAGAAAACAAGGCCAAACAAAUACCAUUCACGUAUCUUCCUUUUGGAGAUGGUCCACGAAUCUGUCCUGGAAAGCGAUUGGCUGAACUUGAAUUCAAGUUGGCCGCUGUACAAUUGUUGAGGAAAUAUCGCGUUUUUGUUUGUAACAAGUCUGAAGAGAAAAUUGAGUUGUCCCAAGCAAUGAUAAUGAAACCAGAGAGACCAAUCUGGCUCAAGAUUGAACGCCGUUAA